UCUUCAGGAAAAACACUUGUGAGAGUGUUUGAGACAUGAGCUGAACUAGUUUCUUUUUCAUAGAAAACCAUUUUUACUUAAAACAACAACUGACAUUAGGUUAUUCACACUUGGGAAUUUGGCAGAAAGUGGAAAUGAAAACUAGAAUACUAUUUCAUUUAAUUACUAGAGGAAGGAGGAAGGAAAUUAUUUUUUUCACAUUUGUGUAAAUGAAAAAUUUCUGUGUUGGUUAUAGGAAUAAGAAACCAGUCAAUUACUCACAGUCUGGGGACUCCGACAGCGAUGAUGAUUUUGUUUCUGCGACUGCACCUUUAAAAAAGAAAUCCAGAACAACACCAAACGAGUUAAAAGUAGAAAAACCAAAACCUAAAUUGAAGAAUCUCCAGAAAGAAGACAUCCCAUUACAAGAGAAAACUAAAAAAAGAAUGGUUUUAGAUGACAAGCUCUACCAGAGAGACUUAGAAGUCGCGCUGGCAUUAUCAGCGAGGGAACUUCCAACAGUCAUCAUUGAUGUGGAGGGGUCUCAAGGCAGUGAAAAACGUGGCAAUAGUGAAACAGAAACAACUGAUAAGCCUCCCCGUAUUUCUAAUUGCAGUGUAGCCAGUGAUUAUUUAGAUUUGGACAAGAUUACUGAGGAAGAUGAUUUUCAUGGUGCUCAAAGGAGGAGAAAAGCAGCAUCUAAAGCUGAGGUACAGCAGAGGAAGAUUCUUUUGGAGGGCAGUGAUGGCGACAGUGCUAGUGACCCUGAACCAGAUUUUGCAGCUGGUGAAGAUUCUGAGGACGAUUCUGAUUUUAGUGAGAGUGAAGAUAAUGAUGAAGACUUCACUAUGAGAAAAAGUAAAGAAAGAAAGAAAAAAGAAGUGAAGGUUAAAUCCCCAGUUGAAAAGAAAGAGAAGAAACCUAAAUCCAAAUGUAAUGUAUUAGCGACUUCAGUAGGUUCUGCUCCAGCUGCCGUCAAAUCAGAAUCUCAGCCCUCACCAAAAAAGGUUUCUCUUUCUUCAGAGGCCACCAGGAAACCAUUACAAAUACGCAGUCCUUCGGCUGAAAGCAAGAGGGCUAAGUGGGUCCCACCAGCGGUGUCCGGGAGUAGCAGCACCAACAGCCCACCGGCAGGAAUGUCUGUUAAGUCUCCAAAUCAGAGUCUCCGCCUUGGCUUGUCCAGAUUAGCGCGAGUUAAACCUCUGCAUCCAAAUGCCGCUAGUAGCUGAGUGUGGUAGUGAAGAAAUGUUUGUUUAAGAGAAUCCGUUUAACAAGUGUGUUUAUAUUGUAAUAUAAAUGAAUCCUUUAAUGUCAUAUAAAUUAUCUGCCAAUUUUGUGAUUAUGUUCUCUGAAAAGCUAUUCAAGACUUCAGUAAGAGGUUUGUUUAUAAGAAUUAUCUUGUAUGUCAUUUCCUUCUAAAGAGCAUAUUCUAUAUCCUUAUAUAUAAUAAGUCAUUGCCAUUAAGUGGUUGUCUAUUUGACAUGGAGGAAGUCCACAUUACAUGCUGUUUUUUUCUAGUAACAUGAGGUUUCUUUCUAGCUUUGACUAGUUUAUGGCACCUUAACUUUGUUCAGAGUUUAUCUGGCAAAAGAAAACAUUCCCAUUUUUUUUAGGGGACAUUUCUGGAAUAUGUUACUUAAGCUACAUUGUCAGUUUUAUUGCCAAGCUGUUUAUUAUUUUAGCCAAAUAUUUUUAUAGUAAGAAUUCAGAAUGAAUUUACACAUUAAAAUAGGUCUAUAAUAUGGCAUAUGUCUCCUACUUAGAAAUAGAUGGUUAUUGUAGAACAAAUAGAAUUUCAUGACAUGUUAUGAAGUCCUCAUUGCCAAAACCUUUAAUAAACUUGAAAAAGUUUUGAUAUGCUCUUUUCCUUUAUUUCAUUGCAUCCAUCUGUCUCUACUGUCUGCAUUUCAUGACAAAAUGAAUGCUUAGCCAAAAUCAUUAGCCUUUUGUUGUAAAUAUAAAGGGAGAGCUGUUAAAAGUAAUCACUUUAGGUUAAGUCAGUGCUUUCAAGGGUGCCUGUCGAGUACCCAGUUGUCCCUAUUAUGAUAUUAGAUAAUGUAGCUUUUCAGGAAACUUAGAUCUGAAUUUGUGAAUAAAAAUAGUAAUAGAUAUUUUAUAUUUAUGGUGAGAAUUUCAACCAACUCCUCAUCACUUUUUGAUAAAAAUUCUUCAAAUUACAUUAACCAUUAAAAAAUAUAUAAUACAUAGCUCAAUUCUUGGUUUAUGGAAACAUCUAUGUUAAUGUGAAAAUAAUUUAGAAUUAUGAUUAAAAUGAGCAUUUUCUUA